GUCAAACUUCCACAAAGAGUCAGCAGACUUGAACCGCUGGACAGCUUUGACGAUGGCAACGUUGAGUCGGACGGAACCGAAUUCAAUAAAAUUCUUGAAAGCGGACUGGAUGAGGAGGUACGCUACGGCCUGGUAGAACGUCGGCUGACUCUGGCUGACUUUCGCCCACUAGAGGCGCCCUUCGUGCCGGAACUGAUUAAGAUGUUGGUGAAUGCCACUGAAGCAGACUGUCACGCCUCGGACUGGGAGCCGAUAUUCGCAACAUACCAAAACCUCCGUGAGACAGCCGAUAUGCAUGCCUGUCUCCUGCUACAGAAUUGGAACCAUCAGAACCAUUUAAAGCGCCAGAUCACAGCCCUUUCGCUACCCAUGAAGAUAGCUGUCCUCCGAAGUAUCCUAUCGGGAUUUAAGCAGAAACCGCUCCACUUUAGUCGGCGUCUUCUGAUGGAUAUAAUAAAGCGACCGCUGUUUGACCAGUUCCUGCGUCCCAACCCCAAUUUGAAGUCCAUUGUCAAGCACACAGCUCUUCCCUGUAACCGCACUACCAUGGACACGCUGGCCUUUCUAAUGCUGCAUUUGCUGCAUGCCUGGGAGUAUGCGUCAAAUCCGUUGACAGCAAAGUUGAGACUUGCAAAGAUCUAUGGACCUCUGUUGGUGAGUUUUGCUGAGCGACCAGUUGUACUGGAUCAGGAUCCGAGUGACUACAAAACCGAGGAGGGGGCCAUUCUGGAAGUUGUUCUUGAAGUGUGCAACAGUCAGUUCUGGGAUAAUCUCAGUAUGCUGCAGUUGCGACGUGCUUUCACCAGCAAGACAAGGCUGGAGAGGACACGAUCGAAAAAGGGCAAACUAGAAUUCGGAGAGGAUGACUAUGCGGACAUGCCGGAAAGUCGUUUGGAGGAGGUUGAGGAUUCAGACUAUGAGAAUGAGGCCUGGUUCUCCUACCUAUUCCCGAAACCAAAAAGAGUUGCAAAGGAAGAUGCUAAAACCGGGGAGACAUCGAUAAGUUCAACGCAGUAA